UCUAGCCAAGCUAGCUAGACCAUAUUGUUAAGGUAUUAUUACAUGCGGCGUGGCCGGCGCUCGAUCUUCAGUUCUCUUCUGACUUACAUUAUUACUAACGCUGUAACGCAUUAAUCAUCAUCAUCUAUCAGAUAUGGGAAGAACACCUUGCUGUGAGAAGGUAGGUCUGAAGAGGGGGAGAUGGACGGCCGAGGAAGAUCAGAUCCUCGCCGACUACAUUCACGCCAAUGGCGAAGGCUCCUGGAGAUCGUUGCCGAAGAAUGCCGGUUUAUUGAGAUGCGGAAAGAGUUGUCGGCUACGAUGGAUCAAUUAUCUGAGAUCCGAUUUGAAGAGAGGCAAGUUCUCUCCCCAAGAGGAGGAGAUCAUCAUCAAAUCGCAUGCAAUUCUGGGGAACAGAUGGUCUCUGAUUGCAGCACAGCUGCCAGGUAGAACAGACAAUGAGAUAAAAAACUACUGGAACUCGCACUUAAGCAGAAAAUUCUAUAGCAUUAUUAGGAGAGCAGGAAGUGAUAAGAAUAUAGAAAAUUUGGAGACGGAGUUGGCCAAGGUGGCAGAGCAGACUAAACGGAGACCUGGAAAAGUAAGCCGAUCAGCCAUGAAAAAGAACAAGACCACCGACUAUAAGCACUCCUCCAAUAACAUUAACCAUGCUCCUGGAUUACAGACACAAAAGCAGGAUACUACUAUCCCUGCUAGUCUCUAUACUGAUGAUCCAGUUAAUAACAAUAAUGCUGCAUCUUCGCCGCCAAUAUUGAUGGAGAAAGAGGAUACUAUUGAUACCUCGAGCUUCCUGGGAUCAGAGCAUUUUAGCUUGGACGACAUAAUGCCAAUAUUGAUGGAAGAGAUGCAGGAUCCAGCUGGGACAAUUUUGAGCACUUCUUCGUUAAACAGUGCGAAAGAGAUUGAGCGUGAUUUGGCAAAAAGCGGUGAUAGCGGCGUUGAUAUUUACAGCGGGUUGAUACCCAGUAGUGAUCAUAAUCAAUUUGGUGGGGAGAACAGCGAAAGCACCGCCACAUCAUCGUCAUUUCCGGUUGAACAUUAUUGUAGCUUGGCCCAAAAUAUUAUUGAUUGGGAUAAUGACUGGCAGUACUGCUGGGACUACGACAGCGGAAACAACCUCUGCAACACCCAUAAUUAUCUAAUGCCGCAACAGAAUGACGAUGAUGUGAUGUUGUCAUCGCCGUGGCCCUGGGACGACACUUUUUAUGACAUUGUGGUUGAUAAUAACAAUAAUAAUAUUGCUGGCGAAGAGGGUAGGGUAGGGUAACGGUAAUGUGCCCGCACGGGCAGUGG